GAGUGCAGCCGGAGCGGAGGUGGACGCGUCCGGGUUUUUGCUGGAUGAUCAUCUGACCCGUUUGGGUGCGCGCAAAGGAGACGUCAGCGCCGACUCGGUGAAGCUUUUGGGCUCGGCGUUUUUUUUUUUUGCUCCCCCGCCGAGCGUCGUCAGUCACCCGGUUCGGUUCAGAUUGCACGCACGGAGCACGACGAGGAGGAGGAGGAGGAGGAGGAGGAGGAGGGUGACGACGGUGAGCCACUUUCCACACCGGACUGACGCUGGCGCAACAAGCAUGGGAUUACUGCGUGCGUAAUGCUGCUGCGACGCCUCCGCGGGACCAUGUGAGACCUCCCGGAUCCUCCCGCUGUCGUCUGUUUUCUCACCCUCUCUGCGUGUGGAUACCCUAAAGGACCAGAGAAGCAAAGGGGGGGCCCAAGUUUGGCGCAAAAAGAGGAUUUGCACGCCGCCAACGAACAUGGACUCGCCUCUAUUGAACCCCCAGGCCCCUUUUUUUCCAACCCUUCCCAAAAGCUGGUAAAUAAUAAUAAAAAUAAUAAUAAUAACUUGAUGACCGUGAAGACCCCCGACACCGGAUUCUAACACCUCGCCCAGAUUUGGAUUUGUCAACACCAUGAACUUUAUUGACAGUUUGACAUUAUUAUUUCUGACGCUGUCGGCUGUCAAGAGUGCCAACGUACCGAGGGAAGCAGAGAGAGGUCCGCAUGACGUGAUCCCCUUAAUGGAGGUGUACAACAAGAGCUUGUGUAAGCCUCGGGAGCUGCUGGUGGAGAUCUUGCAGGAGUACCCCGAGGAGGUGGAGCACAUCUUCAUCCCGUCGUGCGUGGUGUUGACGCGCUGCGCCGGCUGCUGCAACGACGAGACCCUGCAGUGCACGCCCACGUCCAGCUAUAACGUGACGAUGGAGAUCAAAAGAAUAAAAACGCAAAGGCAACAAAAUGAUAUCUUCAUGAGUUUUACAGAACACAGCGCAUGCGAGUGUAGGUUAAAGAAAGAAGUGAAAGAAUUGAAAGAAAAUGUUUGCAAGCCGUGCUCGGAGAGAAGAAAGCAUUUGUUCGUGCAGGAUCCGCUAACCUGUCGCUGCUCGUGCAAACACACGGACGAGUUUUGUAAAGAUCGCCAACUAGAGCUCAACGAGAGGACUUGCAGAUGUGACAAGCCCAGAAGAUGAGAGGGGACGGAGAAGGGAGCAGCACAUGUAACAAGAAUGAAGGAAUACUCUGAUAUAUUAUUAUUCCUUGAAUACAAUAUAAGAGAUAUUUCACAGCACAGCACUUUCACCUUUUUUCUGACCCACCCACCCGUGGAAAGCAUUCCGCGUUUUGGAGAGAGAGACUCGCCUUUUCCAGCCCAACUGUACAUCUAGAUGACUUGUGUGUGUAAGUGUGUGUACACAAUGGUUUGCUGCUACAAUUCCGACCACCAGGCCACCUGGUUUUUGUUCUUUUUGCCUUUUAAUAACCGUCGCUUUCACUUCACUGGAUGUGAGUCUACUGUGCUGGUGUGCCAAGACGCUGUAAGAUUUAACUGACAUAGAAAAAGAAGAAGAGGAGGAGGAGGAUGAGGAAAAAGGAGGAGCGCUUCGGCAUGGAUUCAAACAUGGAUGUCUUGCUUUUUAAUGUGGAAGACAAAUAGGACAGCGGGUGGGAAUCUUCCACAAGAAGGCUGCCUUUCUUCCAAGGAGUGAAUUUCAAAGGGAUACUGAAAUGAAAACCACUGAAAAAAAAACUGUACUGGCGGAACAAGAAGAAAUAACAGCGCUAAAGACAGACUACAGAAAUUUGUGAAGUGCUUUAUAAAUUAUUUGCCAGAGGAUUUAACGCAGUCAUCUCAUUCGUGCAUCCCCUCUGAAAGUGUACAUAACUUAAUAAUACCACCCCUCAAUGCCAUAGUCCAUUCAAGGUAAUUUAUGUCAUAGACUAUUUUUCAGUAUUCCUUUUAUUUACCAUAUUUAAUGUGCUCUAUUUAUAUAUGCAGUAUAUGCAGUGUUGUGUCCCGCCACCGUCUUAGCAUGGAUUCUCCGUGCUCUUUUUUAUAUCACUAAUAUAUAUAUAUAUAUAUAUAUAUAUA